CAUUCAAUUACUGUGCUGGAAGCUGUGGUGUGCUUUUUCUCUGUAUGGUCCAUUGUGGGCCUCUCAGGUUUUCACACGUAUUUGAUCAGCUCCAAUCAAACAACAAAUGAAGAUAUUAAAGGAUCGUGGUCAAAUAAAAGAGGUAAAGAAAACUAUAAUCCAUACAGUUAUGGCAACAUCUUUACUAAUUGCUGUGCUGCACUCUGUGGGCCCCUCUCUCCAAGCUUAAUUGACAGAAGAGGAUUUAUACAACCAGAUACGCCACAAUUAGCAGGACCAUCAAAUGGCAUUACUAUGUAUGGGGCCACACAAUCUCAGAGCAACAUGUGUGACCAAGAUCAGUGCAUUCAGAGCACUAAAUUCGUUUUGCAGGCUGCUGCCACCCCACUACUACAGAGUGAGCCCAGCAUAACUAGUGAAGAGCUACCUUUACCUGGAAAGACUUCUAUCAGUGGGCCUUGUGCAACUCUAACUCUAGGGCAACCAACACCACCAUCUUCCAUGCCAAAUCUCACAUCAGACACAGGUUUGACAGACAUGAUACCCUUGAAAGAGGAACACGAAGGUCAUCAGUUUCUUACUCCUGAAGAAGCUCCUUCACCCCCUGGGAUGCUGCCAAGUGGAAGUCCUAUUACACACAGCCAUACAAUGCACGUCCUGAGUCUAGCCAGCCAGGAUUCUUUGCAUGAAGACUCAGUACGUGGUCUUGUGAAGCUUAGCUCAGUUUGAACAGCUUCUUUGAACACUGCACCUUUUCUUGGUGUCCAUACAAAUCUUUACUUAACAGGAAUGACACCGCAGUACCACUGUAAGACUUUGUAACAUGGCUAUAAUGGAAACUUUAUUGCAUAAUGGAGUCUACUAAAAAAACAGCUUAUUUUUUUCAGUGGAGCUAUGGCAUUUUUUUGACCAGGCUGUUAACGGCUAUGCUCUGAUGGUGACCACAUCUCUUUUUUAAGAAAAAACAGAAAUGGUCAAUAUUCUUGUUUCCUGCAGUUUGGGUACAGCAAGUUGGAAUUCAGUCUGUAACAAAGACCAUGUUCAGUACAAAAGAGAGAUUCUUGGAUGUAAGUGUCAUGCUCUGUGUUCUAUGCUCUUGUAAUACACACUUGUUAAGGCUUACCACACUCGUGGCCAGAAUGAUCUGCACUUACAUGUUAUGCUACUAGUAUUUGAUAUAGAAAAAUUACCAUUCCGUUUGUUAAUACAAAAAAAAAAAGACUACAGAUACGGAUUUGCAUGCCACGCUACAGUAUGUGUUACAGUGGUGUUGGUAUUAAGAGAAAGUGCUGCUUUUUUAUUUGUGACUUUCAAAGUGCUGUUUCAUUUAAAGACAGUGCAAAUUAAUGGACUAUAUAUUUUUUUCAAUUUAUUAAAGUUUAUUUUAAUUUUUCAGUGGUGCCUGGAAGAUGGAGACUUACUGAUUUACCAUGUUGCAUAUCAUUUAACCUUCUGUUUUAAGUGUUUAGAAUGAGAUAUUGUGUUGUGCCAUACUACAAAAUUCUUCCACUCCCUAAUGUGAUACAAUUACCUGUGGACCUCCAAUAAAAAUGACAUCCUCUAUUUCUUGGGCAUGUGUACAGUUAUCCUUGUACAGUUUUUCUGGGGAAAGAUGGGAAGAUUAUGAUUUAUUGACAUCGUUUGUGAAGAAUAUAACUGGAAUAUGUUAAUGAAACCAGAGCUGUGGAGAAAAAGCUGCUUAUGAUAAGUUUUGCUUCAGCAUCUUUCUUGGUUUUGUUUGAGAUGUGUAUUUGUUCCCAUCAUGAGUCUGUAUUCAGAAAUGGAAGACUUUGUGUCUGCUUGAACUGUAAUCUAUAUUCCAUGUGGCUAAAGGGUGAGGGGCUUUUGAUUGAAGACAAAGAGACAGCUUAGUGAAGUAGUCAUAUACUAUAGCUACCUCCUGGCCAUGAUGCUUCAAUUGUUGGUUUUCUAGUAUUUUAAAUGGAAAUGUUGAUUUCGAGCCAUAAUUUUCUUUAUUUUAUGUUUUGUUUGUUUAAGUAAAGAGCAAUUAAAAGGUUAAGAAGA